UUACUUUUACCACUGACUUGAAACCGGAAAGCUGCAGCAGCAGUUAUGGCGUCCACAGCGGCGACUCGGACGGCAUCUGGCGCUGCUAAAGUGGUUAAACCGAUUUUUAGCCGUGAUUUGGACGAGGCUAAGCGAAGAGUCCGGGAGCUGUACCGAGCAUGGUACCGGGAGGUCCCCAACACAGUUGCAAUGUUUCAGCUGGACAUCACGACACGUCAAGGAAGGGACAAAGUGAGGGAGAUGUUUGACAAGAACAAGCAUGUCACCGACCCCCGUGUGAUCGAUAUGCUAGUCAUUAAGGGGAAAAUGGAACUUCAGGAAACAAUCCACGUCUGGAAACAGAAGACCCAUGUAAUGCGCUAUUUCCACGAGACAGAGGAACCUCGCACCACCGACUUCCUGUCCAAAUUUUACCGAGGUCACGACCCAUGAACUGCACAGCUCUCGGCCUGCCCUGUGACCUGCUUUUUGCUUGUGUCCAGUUUGACAGAUGUUCCUCUUUAUUGUAAAUAUACGCUUAACAAUCACCUUCC